GUGAUGAAGAAAUCAUUUUGUCAUUGUCCUUCAUACUACUUGGGCACUAUGUCCCUCCCUGUACAUAUAACCGCAGCUUUGUAUUACAUAAAACCACACCCAAAUAAAAACUCAACAAAAUCUCAACCAUUUAUUAAGCAAAGCAAGGCGCACAAAACCAUGGAAGACAUCUUGUUCUAUACAUCCCUCCCUCUCAUCUUCAUUCUCUUCACUUUCAAGUUUUUCCUCCAAACCAAACGUCACAAUCACCAAAACCUCCCACCAAGCCCACCUUCUCUUCCAAUCAUCGGCCACCUCCAUCUCCUAAAACCCCCAGUCCACCGAAUCUUCCGUCGCCUCUCCCAAAAAUACGGCCCCGUCUUCUCUCUCUGGUUCGGCUCACGCCGCGUGGUCAUACUCUCAUCCUCAUCCGUUGUCCAAGAAUGUUUUACAACAAACGACGUUGUCUUAGCAAACCGUCCUCGACUGAUCAUGGGAAAGCACUUGGCCUACAACUACACCAGCAUGGUGUCGUCCCCGUACGGCGACCACUGGCGCAACCUACGCCGCAUUGGCGCCGUCGAGAUCUUUUCCUCCGCUCGACUCAACACGUUCUCAGACAUCCGAAAGGACGAGGUGAGACAUUUACUCGUUAAACUCUCACAAAACGCACGCGAUGGUUUUGCAAAGGUCGAGCUCAAGUCAAUGCUCAAUGAGCUGACGUUUAACAUCAUAAUGAGAAUGGUGGCUGGGAAGAGGUACUACGGUGAUGACGUGUCGGUGGACAAAGAGGAGGCGAGGCAGUUUAGAGAGAUUAUGAGGGAUGCGUCUGCUUAUGGUGGGGCUGCGAACCCAGCUGAUUUUUUGCCGAUUUUGAAUUGGUUUGGGGUUAAUGGGUACGAGAAGAAGGUGAAGGCGUUGGCUAAGAGGGUGGAUGUGUUCUUGCAGGGUCUGAUUGAUGAGCACAGGAGUAAAGGAAGAAAUGGCAGUAGUAUGAUCGACCAUUUGCUUUCCCUGCAGGAGUCACAGCCUGAAUACUACACUGACCAAAUCAUCAAGGGUCUCAUUAUGGUCAUGUUAUUGGCGGGUACUGACACAUCAGCUGUGACACUAGAAUGGGCCAUGUCCAAUCUACUUAACCAUCCACGCGUGCUCCAAAAGGCCAAUUAUGAACUAGAUGCUAUAGUUGGUAGAGAAAACUUGGUGGAUGAACCAGACAUCUCCAAACUACCCUACCUACAAAGCAUCAUCUCCGAGACACUCCGAUUAUGCCCGGCGGCUCCAAUGUUACUACCACAUUUGUCAUCUGAUGAUUGCAUUAUUAGAAGCUUUGACGUGCCACGUGACACAAUGGUAUUGGUCAAUGCAUGGGCGGUACACAGAGAUCCUGAAUUGUGGGACGAACCUGAAAGCUUUAAGCCUGAGAGGUUCGAUAGUGGUGAAGAUUUUUCACAUAAACUCAUACCAUUUGGAAUGGGAAGAAGGGCUUGCCCUGGAGCAGGCCUAUCGCAGCGUGUGGUGGGAUUGACUUUGGGGUCAUUGAUUCAAUGCUUCGACUGGAAUAGAGUGGGCGAGGAAAUGGUUGACAUGACUGAGGGCAAAGGAACCACCGCACCAAAAGCCAUUCCAUUGGAGGCUAUGUGUAAAGCACGACCUAUUGUGAGCAAGGUUUUAUCUUAAGCUAGGGAUAAUAUUGUGUUAACACCAGUAUGUACAAUAAUCGAGCAUUAUAUAAGCUCAUAUAUUUACUCUUACAAUAAAUUGAAUUAACCAUA